ACAAGCCACCGAUCAUUUGUUUUUAUUUUCAAAAUACGAUCUUGCGGUUAGUUUACGCGACACUUUCCUUGUGUAAACAUGGUGUGUCCGUGAAGUCGGUGGCUAGAAUUCGGUAUUUCACAACAAAACUUAUUCGUUUGUAUAAACAAUAUUGUGAUUAGGUACUGUUAUUGGUUACAGUUUGUUCAAAGGAAAACACUAAAGUAGUUUCACAAUGCCAAGAUCACCUGCAAUCGGAAUUGACCUUGGCACUACAUAUUCUUGUGUUGGGGUCUUCCAACACGGUAAAGUUGAGAUAAUAGCUAACGAUCAAGGUAACCGGACGACGCCGAGCUAUGUAGCUUUCACGGACACUGAGAGACUCAUUGGCGAUGCAGCAAAAAAUCAGGUAGCCAUGAAUCCUGAAAAUACUGUAUUUGAUGCGAAAAGGUUAAUAGGUAGACGUUAUGACGACGAAAAAAUUCAGGGUGAUUUGAAACAUUGGCCUUUUAAAGUGAUCAAUGAUGCAGAUAAACCAAAAAUUCAAAUACAAUACAAGGGAGAAGUAAAAAGAUUUGCACCUGAAGAAAUAAGUUCUAUGGUACUGACUAAAAUGAAACAAACUGCAGAAGCAUUUUUGGGAACUUCUAUUCAAGAUGCUGUUAUUACGGUUCCUGCUUAUUUUAAUGACUCUCAACGUCAAGCUACUAAAGACGCAGGUGCAAUUGCAGGUAUAAAUGUUUUAAGGAUUAUAAAUGAACCCACAGCAGCAGCCUUAGCUUAUGGUCUAGACAAAGGAUUAACAGGCGAGAGAACAGUUUUAAUAUUUGAUCUUGGCGGUGGAACCUUUGAUGUAUCCAUUUUAACAAUCGAUGAAGGCUCAUUAUUUCAAGUCAAGGCUACUGCUGGUGAUACACAUCUCGGUGGUGAGGAUUUUGAUAGCCGUCUCGUAAAUUAUUUUAGUGAAGAAUUUAAAAGAAAAUUCAAGAAGGAGCUACGAGGGAAUGCUCGAGCUUUAAGACGUUUGAGAACAGCAGCAGAAAGAGCGAAACGUACCUUGUCUUCAAGCACUGAAGCGAGUAUUGAAAUAGAUGCUUUGUUCGAUGGAAUUGACUUUUAUACAAAAAUAUCUCGUGCAAGAUUUGAGGAACUGUGUGCAGAUCUGUUUCGCUCAACACUUCAGCCAGUAGAGAAGGCACUGAAUGAUGCUAAUAUCGAUAAAUCCAAUAUUCACGAUGUAGUGCUAGUCGGAGGAUCCACACGCAUCCCUAAAAUUCAAAGUCUGUUACAAAACUUUUUCUCUGGUAAGUCACUUAAUUUAUCAAUUAAUCCUGAUGAAGCUGUUGCUUACGGUGCUGCUAUACAAGCUGCAAUUUUAAGUGGAGACCAGAGUUCAGCAAUUCAGGAUGUACUUCUAGUAGAUGUCGCACCACUAUCUCUUGGCAUUGAGACUGCAGGAGGAGUAAUGAGUGUAAUCAUCGAACGAAACAGUAGAAUUCCUUGCAAACAGACCCAAACAUUUACUACCUAUUCUGACAACCAACCAGCAGUAACGAUUCAAGUGUAUGAGGGAGAGCGAGCUAUGACUAAAGAUAAUAACCUGUUGGGGACAUUUGACUUAUCAGGCAUCCCUCCUGCACCUAGAGGUGUGCCAAAAAUCGAUGUUACAUUUGAUAUCGAUGCUAAUGGAAUUAUGAAUGUUUCUGCUAAAGACAAUAGUUCAGGUCGAUCAAAGAAUAUUGUUAUCAAAAACGAUAAAGGAAGACUUUCUAAAGCUGAAAUUGAGAGGAUGUUAAAUGAUGCUGAAAAGUAUAAGGAAGAAGAUAAGAAACAGAGAAACAGAAUUUCUGGACGAAAUCGACUUGAGAGCUACACAUUUAGUGUAAUGCAAGCAUUGGAUGACAUGGGAGGCAAGCUUAGUGCGAACGACAAGAUGAAAGCAAGAGACGCCUGUCAAGAUACGUUGUCCUGGCUUGAGCGCAACACCUUGGCAGAGAAAGAAGAGUAUGAUGACAAGUAUAAAGAGCUGCAGAGGAUCUGUUCUCCAGUGAUGGUCAAACUACACAGUGCAGGUGACAGUGGUCCAACCAUUGAAGAAGUUGAAUAAAUCUCUUUUUUAUAAUGUUUUUAGAGUCAAAAUUUAAUUAUGGUUUGUUUUGUUAUUGUUUAUUGUUAACACGUUAUUCUUUAACUAACAUCACUAUCAUAUAUUAAUUGUUAUUGGUUAUGGAAAUUUAGUGAAAUGUAUAAUUAUAUAAUUAGAAUCAAACUAUUUUCUUAUCAGCAUUAAGUGGCAAAGAAGCACCAAUAUUGAAGUAAAUCAUGUUCUCAGUUCUGGUCUAAAAUACACGUAAAAUUAAUUGUUAAUCUUAGUAAAAAUAAUGUGUUGUUCCUUUUUGUUUUGAUUUAAUAAAUAAUUCCGAUUUAGA